UUUUGGAAUCUGGAGUUGUGCGCCAUGGGAACUCCAAAUGAUCAGGCAGUGUUGCAGGCCAUCUUCAACCCUAACACCCCAUUUGGAGAUGUUGCAGGUUUGGACAUGGGAGAGGAAGCAGAGGACGAAGAUGAAGAUGGAAUUUUCCCUGGAGAACAACUGGAACAGUCAAAGGCCCUGGAGCUCCAGGGGGUGAUGGCAGCAGAGGCUGGGGACUUCAGCACAGCCCUGGAGAGGUUUGGACAAGCCAUCUGCCUGCUGCCUGAGAGGGCCUCUGCCUACAACAACCGCGCCCAGGCCCGGCGACUCCAGGGAGAUGUGGCAGGCGCCCUGGAGGACCUAGAGCGUGCAGUGGAGCUGAGCGGAGGUCGGGGUCGCGCCGCCCGCCAGGGCUUCGUGCAGCGCGGACUCCUGGCGCGGCUGCAGGGCCGAGACGACGACGCCAGGAGGGACUUCGAGCUGGCGGCGCGGCUGGGGAGCCCCUUUGCGCGACGCCAGCUGGUGCUGCUCAAUCCGUACGCCGCGCUGUGCAACCGCAUGCUGGCCGACAUGAUGGGGCAGCUGCGCGGCACUCGCAAUGGGCGAUGAGCGCGAGGACGCUGGCG